AUCAGUGUGAGGUUGACUUUUGCGGUGAAGAUGCUCGUCCGUGGGUGGCUUCUUUGCGUAUUCUGCUUUCACACCUGUGCCGGGUACUCACAGCAGUGCAAGUUCCACAGCGUAUGUCCACUGGAACCAGAACUGCUGGACGGGAGCUUAAAGAACCAGAUCAAAGAGCAUAUUCGUCACAGCAUGGGAGAACGGGACACACCUCACAGAAACAGGGCACACCGAAGAAAAGGUAGCAGAGUCCGGACCGAGGAGACAGCACCACGAAUAGUCCACCACCCCUCUGAUGUGGUGGCGAAGCUGGGCAGCCCUGCCACUCUGUCCUGCCGCGUGGACGGCAGCCCCAAGCCGACCAUCGAGUGGCUGCGGAACGGUCAGCCCCUGGGGACCGACAAGGGGGACGUCCGGGCCGUCCCCAUGGUUCUGUCAGAGGGGAGCCUGUUCUUUCUAAAUGUGGGAGGGGGCAGACGUGGCCAGACCCACGAGGGCGUCUACGCCUGCGUCGCCACUAACAGCGCCGGCAAGGCAACCAGCCGCAAUGCCUCGCUGUAUAUUGCAGUUCUGAAGGAGGAGUUCAGCGUCCAGCCCAGCGACGCCGAGGUGGCAGAGGGGGAGGUGGCUGUCUUAAACUGUGGUCCGCCGCUGGGACAUCCGGAACCUAACAUCAUCUGGAAGAAGGACGGUGUUCCCAUCAGCAACACGGACCACCACUACACUAAGCUGAGCGGGAAGCUGAUCGUCGCGCCUGCAGAGAAGAGCCACUCCGGCUCCUACGUGUGUGUGGCCCGGAACAUCAUGGGAGAGAGGCAGAGCAGGGCGGCUCGGCUCUCUGUGCUGGGUAAGCCUGUGUUGGUGCUGAAGCCAGAAAACGUGUCGGUAAGGACGGGAGAGUCUGCCCAUUUCUACUGCCAGGCUAGAGGGGACCCUCCUCCUACGGUGGCCUGGAGCCGAGAGCGGGGGCCGCUUCCCAACGGCAGGUAUCUCAUAAACCCGGACCAGACACUGCAGCUCCAUUAUGUGACGGUGCAGGAUGCUGGGAGCUACACCUGCACCGCUGCGAAUCCUGUCGGCGUCGUCACUGCGGUUGCACAACUUCAAGUUGAAGAGGCUCCCAGCACUGAACAGAAAGACUUCCACAGAGAGCUUUCAGCCUUACGAGUGACCCUGGAGAAUGUCACCAUCAUCGCCUCGGAGUCCAACGUUUCCCUCGUCCAGUGGAAGCUUCAGUCCCUUCCAGCUCAGCCGCACUACCUCGACGGCUUUGAGGUUCUCUAUCGCCCCCUGCUGCCUGUCAGCUCAGACUGGGCAGCACUGAGGGUCUCGCUGCCGGGCUUCCAGGCUCAGGUCGGCCCCCUGAAGAGGGGCUUCAAGUAUGAGUUCAAGGUUCGUCCUUAUGGGAGCAGCCUAUAUGGAAGGGAGAGCAACACGCGGCAUCUCCGAGUCCCUGAGAGAGCACCCAGUUCGCCCCCUCUGGCCGUGUCCAUAACGGUGAGCCACGAGCAGAACAACACCGUCCAUCUGAGUUGGGAGCCUCCUCCUCCCGACAGCCACAACGGCGUCGUCCAGGGCUACCAGGUUUGGUGUGUGGAGUCUGACGAGCAACAGUACCAGAACUGGACAGUGGACAGCGGCCAACACAGCCUGGAUAUCUCCACACUGGAACCAGGGAAGCAGUACUGGGUAACCAUGGCAGCGGUGAACGGUGCUGGAGUGGGAACGCUCAGCGAUCCUCAUGGAUUUGUCAUCAAGCCACAGCCAGGGGGCGCCUCAGACCCAGACAGCCACAAACAGGAUGCGUUUCCCCUGCUGGCCCUCCUACAGGACCCAGUGCUGAUUGGCAGCGUUGGCGCCCUCUUGUGGUGUCUUCUGAUGAUUGCAGCUGUUUUCCUGUUCAGACGCCACAACAGCGCGGGUCAACUGUCACCUCAGCACAGCAAGGCUAAAGGUCUGCGCAGAUUGGCCAGUGAAGAUCUCAUCAUCAAACACAGGAUGGCCGCUCCAGAUUCUCCGUGGAUGUCCGGUGGCUGGAGACCGCCCUUCAACCAGAAAUACCAGGACUUGUGGGCCCAAGGUCACAGACAUCCUGGGAUCAGGAGCACCAGUCUUCCAGUCUCGUCCAAGCAGGACGGCAGGAUGGUGGACUCAGCUGUUCCCAUGGUGACCGACAGCUGUGGAGUCUACGGAACGUUUUAUGUGGACCUGAAGGGCAGCAGCCUGAAGACCUUCAGCAGUCCCCAACGCCGCCCUAAAGCGGCUCACGCCUUGCCUCACCAGCAGGGGGCGGAGACGAUCCAGAUCUUCACCCAGCCUGACUCCAAGUCGUCGUCCCUCAGCAGCCAGGAGGCUCUGCCCUGGAAACAGGCCAUACGUCCUCAGCCAAAGAUGGGCGUGCUGAGGGAAUCAUGGGAGAAGAAACCCCACGGGAAAUCAGAGCUGCAUGCAGUGAACAGCGUACCAGUCCUGUCAUCCAGAACCCAGGCCGGUCCCUCCAGAGCCUGCAAGCAGAGACUCAGCCAUGUACCAGCAGGACGCCACGGUGGAGCUUCGCAGGGCGGCGAAGGAGCUGCUGGUUCUCGCUUGCUGCAUUACUCUGCCUCUCUGCACUUAGUGGACCUGCUGCCCCCCCCACCGCUGAUGGCCGCAGACAGAAACACCCUGUCCUCAGACGAGGGUUCCAGUCAUUCCACAAAGCUGACAGAGGACCUGGGCUCCAUCCCAUCAAUUAGUCCUCCAUCAGGUUACCAUGGACAAGCAGGACCCAACAAGCACAGCGGCGCCCCCUACAGCCAUCUGUCUGCUUCAUCCUACUCCACGUUAAUGGAGGCUGAUCAAAGUCCUUCCCUGACGGCGCAGGAAGCUACUGAGUACCUGGAGCUCAGUCCAAACCCUGAGAGAUACAGCGUCCUGCCAGAGCAGCGUCCCUCCCUGCCCCACAGCUUCACCUCCACCCUGGGGAGCAUCUGUGGGCCGGUCGGCUCGGCCGAGUCGGAGGAUGGCGCGGCCGCCGGAGCCCAGCCGUUGCCGGCGGCGCUGCGUCGUUCCGGCCUUCACAGCUCGCCGUCCUCCUGCUACAGUGACUGGGACAGCUCCCUGUGGAACACCUGGAGCUCGGCCAUGGACAGCAACAUGGACAGCAACCGGACCAGCCUCAUCAGCUCGGUGGACAGCUGCUACACCAACGACAGCGCUACGUUCGCUCGCCUGCUGGCCGCGGCCGCAGAGACCAUGAGUGCAGCCUCGCUGACGGACUUCUCGCCGCCGGCCUCCCCCCUCAGCGCCUUGUACCCGUCGUUCUGUUCAGACGGCGAUGCCUUCAGGGAGCUGGAGCCCACCCCCGCGUGGGACUGGAGCAUGGCCUGGGUGGAGGAGAUGGACGCGCAGUACGGAGCUCGCUAUCCCAGCAGAAACACGAAACCCUUCAACACCUAGAAGUUCUGCUGUGACCGUGUCAGUGAGGACAGAGGGAAACUCUCUUUCCUCCA